UGGGGGCGGAGUUUACUGUUCAUUGUCAAGGUUGCUAUUCAGUGACUUUCUGAAAGAGGCAGAAUCGCUUGCGUUUUCUAUUUGUAGGCGUGGUAGUAUUGCUUUCAGUUUUUGAAAAGGAAGUUAGGACUUCUGUAGAGGUUGGAAGUGUUCUGUGCGUGCUUGUUCCCCUGAAUACAAGCUAUUUGCUGACUAAAUAAGUAGUGAGACGCGCUGCAUACAUUUGCUGAUUUUGGGGUAUCAAUGCAAGAUUUGUUAAUAAUGCUUUGCUGGCGAACUGUGUUAUUGCUUGUAAUAGAUCACAAAAAUAAGUUGAUACUAUGCUUGUAAGACUGGGGUGCUACUGAUUCAGGUGAACGUGUGGUGUUACAAUGUUCCGCCUGCGACUUUUAACUCGAACUGCUUUGAGAUUACUUCAACAUCGCUCAGCAAGUACCGAUCCAUUGCUCCAUCAGCUUAAGGGAUGUAGGACAGAGGAGGAAAUAUUUGAUAUUGUUGGAAAAAACAAGGCCAAACUUUCUGUCAGCCAUAUAGAUUGUGCUGUGAGCAUGCUUUGGACAUUCCAGAAGGAGAAGGCAGAAUUACUUCGAACUGUUGAAUUAAUUAAAAGACACAGUCAGUUUCUUGCUCUCCGGAUUUUGGCUGAAAAUAAAAUCGUAUUCAUGGACGAUGAUGCAGUAGUAAAUAUGUUAUACAAUAUGAUGAGGUUAAAUGUGGAGCCAUGUGAUUCUCUAAUUCAGGAGUUGGUAGUGGAGGCAUGGAGAAGACUAGAAGGGUUUGAUUUGUCUACUCUGUCUAAGUUUGCAGUGUGCCUGAAUGACCAAAAUCUGUAUCAGAGCCCACUGAUGGGAAAUAUUGCAGAUAUUGUGAGCAGAAGACUGGACUUGGUGGAGGAUACAAGAGUCCUGUCCAACCUGAUGAUAAGUAUAUCAGCUUUAACUUCAGCACAUCUGCGCGAUCGGUUGAUACAGAAAGCAGAAUUUCUUCUUGAGACAAUGGCUUCAGUACGAUACAAUGAUGCAAGGAGGGUAGUGCAGUUUCUUCGCAAUGUCAGAUUCGGUUUUCGUCCUUUGCUGGAGAAAUGCAAUAAGAUUUUCCUUCAGAGUAUAAACAAAAUGGAUGCAGAAACUUUCAGUAUUAUCCUUGGGCUGUAUCAGUCUUUACAAUUUAACAAUUGUGAAUUCCGAUUAGCUGCAAAACAGAGACUGAUAGACAUUAUGGAUACCUGUACAGAUCCUAACAGUUUUACAAGGUUGUUUGCAGCACUAGGACCAAUGGCAAGCCAAGAUACAAAAGAAAGAUUGGAAGCAGCUGCAUUGCUGAAGCUUGAGGAGCUAAGCUACCAGCAGUUGUUAGCAGUAUUAGAGACUAUGGAAGAAAUGGAAUGUAGGAAUCCGCAGCUAAUACGGAAGAGUGCAGCAUUUCUUCAGAAACACUUGGAUAUUUUCAGACCAGUCGAGGUGGCAAGAAUGACUCAGACUUUAUUGAUGUUGCAUUAUCGGAAUCCAGAAUUCUACACAAAAAUUAAAGUUCUUCUUACAAGCUUUUUGCAGAUCAGUGUUACACCCUGUGAGAUAGCUAUGUUGGUUCGUGUUCUUUCCAUGCUGCCUGCUUCUCGAGUGGACAAUGAUGUUAUAUCACGGAUUGAUGCAGUGUUACCACAGUGUAACUUGAGUGAUCUAAAUACGUUUGCCUUAGCUACUGCUAAGUGGAUUCGCAAUGACCCUUCUCAUCAUCACAGCACAUCUGGGGUUUAUGUGAAACUGUUACAGAAGCUGAAUAAGUUUGGCAUAGAAAGGCUGAGAAAAGCAAACAACAUGGACCUGCUGCUAGAGGAGACGAAGUACAUUUCAGGUGAAUGGUUUGAAGAAAUGCUUCUUGAGGAAGCAAUAAUCACUUGCCAGCGUUUGCUUGACCAACUUACAUGGACAAAUAUAAUUGAGUUUGCACUUUUUUUGACAAGAACAAACUACCUCUGCAUGCCGAUUUUGGACAGAUUAGCGGAUGUUACACUGAAGCACAUCAGUAAGAUCCAUUACUCUGCAAUUUAUGCAGUUCUUCUUCCUUUCAUUGUGUUGAACUAUGAUUCUCCUCAAAGUGAUGAGUUGCUGGAAUCUUGUAUACAACAUAUUACACCUCAUUUAAGUUCGUUUGACCCACAUUUGCUGGUGCUGCUAGGUUAUAGCCUGGCUGUUGCAGAGUAUGUUCCUGAAGAGCUGAUAAAGGAAGUUUUUAAUGUCGACUUUCUGGCGAAACUGGAUGCUCAGCUUGAGACAUUUCCAGAUGCUUUGAAUAUGAGAAUUCGGUUACGUCUGAUGGAGCUGAACAGGGCGAUUUGUUUAGAAUGCCCAGAAUUUCAAGUUCCUUGGUUUCAUGACCGUUACUGCCAGCAGAUGCGCCGGAAAGGUAUUGCCAACCUCAGUGGAGUGCAGCAGCAAGUUCAUAAAAUGCUUGGUGAGAUACUGGGAGGCAUACAUUAUGCCAAAGUGUCUGCUAUCACACCUUAUUACUAUGUAAUAGAUUUUGAAUGUAUUUUAGAUAAAAACAAUAAACCAAUACCAUAUGUGGAUCAGAACACAGUGCUAAUUACAGAAUUGCAAAACGUGAAGUGGGGAGAAGACAGCCAGUUAAUUGGAAGAAAAGGACUGCCUCCUGGAGCUCAGAGAACUGCAAUAGAAUUUCUUGACUCGAAAUCAUUUUGUAGAAAUUUACAUCACCCAAAAGGAGAAGCCGUGAUGAAAAAGAGACAUCUAGAGAUUUUAGGAUAUCGUGUAAUUCAGAUUCCCCAUUUUGAAUGGAAUUCCAUGGAAUUGUCAACUAAAGAUGCUUGGAUGGAGUACCUUAGGAAGAAGAUAUUUGUAGAAUCUUCAGAUUCUAGUACUUGACAGAUGUUCAGCUAUUUUUUCUAAAUAUUUCACACAGAAUAUAUGUUAACUUAAGAAUAAAGUUUUUUUUUU